AUGGAAAAAUAUUCAGAAAAAAAUACUUCUCAUUCAUUUUGCAAAUAUUUAUUGAAUUCCAACCAUGUGCUAGGUACUGUCCUAAAUGAUAAGGAUAUAGUCAUGAACCUGCCUAUGGACCCUAUAAUUUCACAUAUAUUAAGUAAGGCUCACUUGGGAAGUCAGGGUUGUUUUCAGUUACCUGAAUGUCCACUAUAUGCUCAGCUACAGAGGCAGAUUCUCAGUAAAACUAAUGAACUUCAGUCUUCUCGGCUGCUUGCUUUUUGGGCCCCCUGUUCUGUGUGUCUUCCUCAGGGAUUUGGAACUCAUGGAUACACAGACCCUGCUCCAGCCAGGGGGUUGUCCUCUAUAUCCUGA